UUCAUUAAGUGACCUUAAUGAAACAAGCACAAAAUGAAUAUAUCAUUUCAAAUUGUGAUAGAUGCUCUGAUGAAAAGGAACCAAGUGCCCUUGAGAAAUAUAAAAGGGGAAACUAAUCUUGCCUAGGAGGUCAGAGGAGGUUAAUCUGAGAAGAGAGCUGACAUAUGAGUAAGUUGAGAAGGGGAAGAGAAUUUUAGGUAGAGGGAACCGUGUGUGCAAAAGUCGCGUGGCAUAACGGAGUGUGAAGCCCAGUUGCAGAGAUGGAGGGCAAAGGAUGAAGCUGGAGAGGUAGACAGGACAAGAUGCUCAGAACCCUGUGGCCGCUGCCUCAAGGAUUUACCCUGCAAAAGGGAAGCCAUUUGAAAGGCUUAAAAGCAGGAGGAUGGUGACAUGAUUAGAUUUUCAUUUUGAAAAUGUCACUGCAUCUGCAGUGACGCAAAGCGAUCCGAGGGACCCAAUGGAUGCAGUGGGAAGAUAAAACCCGACCCGGCAGGCCUCGGUCACGGCUGCAGGAGGCGGGGGAGUUGGUUCCGGCGCUCUGGCCAGACUAGCCUUUCGCUCGGCGGAACCCCGAACCGGCCCACGUGGGCCCGGCCGCCCCGCCCUGUCUGCCGCGCUGACGCCGCCCGACUCUGCAGUCCGGGCCUGGGGCUGGGCGCGUCGCCGGGGAGCCCCGCACCCCACGCCCGGCCAGCGUGGCCGCCCAGGUCAGUUCGAGACAUCCCCCUCCCCCCCUCCAGCCUCCAGAGACGAGUUCCCGCCGCGGGGCCAGCGGGAGCAGAGCCAGCCGCGCCGGGGCGGGCGCGUCCAGGCAACCAGAUGUUUGCCAUCCAGCCAGGGGUAGCUGAGGGGGGCCAGUUUCUGGGGGGCCCACCUGGAGUAUGUCAGCCUGAGCUCCAACCAGACAGCAACUCCAACUUCAUGGCGAAUGCCAAAGAUGCCAAUGAGAAUUGGCAUGGGAUGCCAGGCCAGGUGGAGCCCAGCCUGAUGAGAGGCUCCUCUGAGUUGCCCUCUGACAACCAGGCCUUCCAGGCCCCUGGACUCCCUGAUGGGGAGGUCCGCAGCCCACCAGAGGGGGCAGAAAUCGCCGGAGCUGAGCUGGAGAAGAUGAGCGGCGCCAGCACAGUCUGCUCCCCUCUGGAGGACAACGGCUAUGCCAGCAGUUCCCUGAGCACCGACAGCCCCAGCAGCAGCCCUGAGCCUGUCUGUGGGACCCCUCGAGGCCCAGGCCCUCCAGAUCCCCUUCUGCCCUCAGUGGCCCAGGCUGUGCAGCAGCUGCAGGCUCAGGAGCGCUACAAAGAGCAGGAAAAGGAGAAGCAUCAUGUGCACUUGGUGAUGUACCGUCGCCUGGCCCUGCUGCAGUGGAUCCGGGGCCUGCAGCACCAGUUGGUUGACCAGCAGACCCGUCUGCAGGAGAGCUUCGACACCAUCCUGGACAACCGAAAGGAGCUUAUCCGUUGUCUCCAACAGAGGGCGGUCCCAUCCAGGCCCCAGGAUCAGGGCUAAGGGUGUGCCUCCACAGGGGUGCAGGGGUACAUGUAUAUAUUUGUAGGCAUGUGUAUGGUUGCGCACAAGUAAGUACAUGAUUAUUGCUGGUAUGAGUGCAGAUAAGCGUGAGUAUGUAUGUGCUAUCAUGUAGGCAGGUCCAGGCGUGUGUGAAUCAGCACCUGUGCAUCAGCUUGUGUGUGCCAUGCGUACACAUGAGCUAACUGAUGUGCAGGUCUGUGUGUGGGUGUGUACAUAUGUGUGUGUGUAGCAUGUAUGUAAGAGGGAGUAUGUUUGUAUAUGUAUGCAUGAACCAGGUGUCCAACAGUGUGUAUAUAUGUGCACGAGUGAGGAUAUAUAUGCAAAAGGUAUGUGUGUGUGCAUAUGAAUGAGUUUGAGUGUGCAGGCUUGUGGUGGGUGUCUGUGAGUGAGCCCUUGUGUGUGCAGGCCUUUGUGUGCAAGUGCAGGCAUGGGAAGGGUGUAUUAGAAGCAUGGAUUUGCAGGCCGACUCACUAGCAGGUGUGUGCAAAUACAUAUUCAGUUGUGUAUGUCGGGCAUCCACACUCUGUGUUACCCAUUGUCAAUCCUAGCCUUUUUUUCUCCACAGGGUCCAAUUGUUCCCUGGAGAGAGGGCUAGCGUCAUUUAUCUGAGGGUUGUGCUGAUCCACUCUCCUGGGAUUUCCCAGGCCACCUCUCCUAUUCCUUCCCCAUCACUCCUCCCAGACUUUGCUCUACUGAAGCUGUUGUCCCUGAUGGUGGAUUUGCUGUAGGAAGUGUGGUGGCUGCUCUGGCCUGCCAUGGCUUUUUGAGCAAUUGGUAGAGAAUUAGUAUGAGGGAGGGAAGCUGGGGGUGGUGAUUGACACGUGGCAGGGAUGGGGGAUGGGAUCAGAGAAGAAGAUAAAGAACUGUCCCUCUUGAACUCUGCCCUGGGGCACAUGGGAGAUGGGGACGGGGGAGAUGAUAAGGGAGAUGAUAACGGCAGAACCCUGUGAAGAAUAGGAGAGUGGGAAUUCUAAAAUAUCAGUUUGAAACAAACCACCCUUCUCCACAGCAAAGGAGCUGUUGCAGACCAUAUUGAUUUCAGCUUCUGAUGAAAGCGAAUGUGUGCUUAUAAGCUUGCAAGGAAUUGGCAUGGUAUUCCAAGGCUAUUGGGAAAAAAAAAUCUGUUUCCUCUCUGUGCCUCUACUCGCUGUGCCUUUCUGGCUUUAGCAACACUGGACGUCAAAUUAGGUUGGUCUGUUUUUUCUGAAAUCAGGCUGUCUGGGCCCAGAGGAGCCACAUUAACCUUUGGUGGGGGGGGGGGGGGGGGGGGGGGACAGUGAGUGUCAGCUCAGCCCAGCCUCUGGAAGCUCUUAGCAUGUUGGGUCAUAAUCCCUUCUGUCACUGCAUGGCCCUUUAAAUGGGGGUUGACAGGCUAGAGCAGAGGCUCUGUGAAAAGGAGAGUGGGUGAAUUUUGGGGAGAACCAAGGACUAAGGUAGCCAAGCUCUCUGCUUUACCUCUGGAGCCAUGAGGAUGCAAGAUCCUGAUGAGUGAGCAGUGGCAUGAUGCUUACUCUCCUUAUCUGCAAAAUGGGGGUGCUCUAUCUGUAAAGAAUUCUAUCCCUGAUGGGUGGGUGGGUGAAAGGUAUAGGGAGUGAGGCUGAAGCAAUGGUCCUGGGGGCUUUUGUGUCUAGCCCUUGCAUGUUGACUAUGAACCUGGCCUCUGGACCAAGCCAUGGUGAAUAAACUGGGGCAGAGAAAUGCAUUUCUUGAGUUUGUGUUUCUAUUCUACCCAUUGCCUGGUGGCCUCUUUUCCAUGGCGUCUGAGGUGCCCUUUUGGACUGGAAGCUGGGGGACAGAUGUGGGGGCAGUCACUGGGGAGGAGGUAUUCAGCCUGCUGUGGCUGAUGGGGCUGGCAAGAGGUCUCUCCUCAAGGGCCUCUCAGUCUGACAGGGGAGACUUGGCCUGAGAGCCCCGUAUGGGAUUGUUCUCAUCCUGAGGCACCUUUGAGCCUGAAGAUGGGGGGUGGGUAGGCAUCGAUUGUGAGGGAUACAUAUGCUCCCCCCCACACACUCCUAUUCAACCCUGCCCUAGAGCCACCACUUCCCUGAAGGGUGCCCUGACUGCAAAACACUGAGUUAGGCUCCUCAGCUGGUUCUGACACAUAUGUGGUUAUAACACAUGUAUAUGACUUCAGAUAUUUGCUGUGCCAAUCUAGACUACACUUAUUUUACAUUGGUUUGUAUGAUGACUUAUUAAUUAGUUUAUCAAAAAUUCAUUAUUUGUUGGGGCGCCUGGGUGGCUCAGUCGGUUAAGUGGCCCACUUCGGCUCAGGUCAUGAUCUUGCGGUCUGUGAGUUCAAGCCCCACGUCGGGCUCUGUGCUGACAGCUCAGAG